AUGCACAAACUACCACUGUCCCAACCCCUGCGUAUGAUGAUUUUGCUUCUACCCCACCCCAUAUGGGUCAUGACACACACAAAAAGGGAGUUGUUGCAUCAGACUCUCAACCUGCUAAGAAACGUAGGCACGUCUGCUGGGGCUUCAUCACCAAUGAAAGUUGAUAUGCAGCCCAGAACAAUUUCAACUUCCAACAUCACUCCCCGUAGGAAGAUGUUGACUAAGAUGCCCGAUAUUCAGACUAAAAAUUCAGUUCCUACAAAUACAACUGAACAAGUUCAUCCAACCCAACCAUCUGCCGAGCGUGAUGUCCGGACAACCAGCAAACAAGACGAGUUGUCUCUCAUGAGGAAAAAGCUUGAUGAUUUUAAGAAGUUGGAGACGGACGAGUUCAAAAAUCUCCGCAUAUUGAUCAACGACAACCUGACAAAGGUCCUUCAAGCAAUAAAAAGGGAUAAUGAUUCAGAAAAGUGUGCUGCCAGCGAAUCUCCGUUUCAGCGACAUGCUGUUGACUUUGACCAUACAGUUGAUCAGAACACACUCCACAAAUCACUUGUACAAAAUGAUACUAAUACAGCUCAUUUUCAAACAGAGGCAUUAUAA